CAUCCCGUUUCCCCUUCCGGCUGAUGGUUCCUCUCGGGUCUGUCUACCGGCUCCUGUCAGCAUGGGGGCGGCGAGGAAAAAGCGGUUGGGCUUGUGGUGGGCAACAGCAUUUGCUACCUUUAUACUUGCCAUAGAUGCAUCAUUUGUGGAAGACUUAGAUGAAUCGUUUAAAGAGAAACGUAAAGAUGACAUUUGGCUUGUUGAUUUCUAUGCACCUUGGUGCGGCCAUUGCAAGAAAUUGGAGCCAGUGUGGAAUGAAGUUGGUAAAGAGAUGGGAAGUAUCGGGUCUCCAGUAAAGGUUGGCAAGAUGGAUGCAACUUCUUAUUCUAGUAUUGCUUCUGAAUUUGGAGUUCGAGGCUAUCCAACAAUUAAACUGUUGAAGGGUGACUUGGCAUACAAUUAUAGAGGACCAAGAACCAAAGAUGAUAUUGUUGAGUUUGCAAAUAGAGUUGCAGGGCCUAUUAUUCGAAAUCUCCCUAGCCAACAUAUGUUUGAGCAUGUUCAAAAAAGACAUCGCAUAUUUUUUCUGUACAUUGGUGGGGAAUCUCCAUUAAAGGAAAGAUACAUAGAAGUUGCUUCCGAACUAAUUGUUUAUACAUACUUUUUUUCUGCCUCAGAAGAGAUACUUCCUGAGCAUAUAACACUCCCUGAGAUGCCCGCCGUUCUAGUCUUAAAAGAUGGAACUUAUUUUGUGUAUGAUGAGUAUGUAGAUGGUGAUUUGUCAGCCUGGAUAAAUAGGGAAAGAUUUCAAGGGUACCUUAAUAUAGAUGGAUUUACACUCUAUGAGCUUGGAGACACAGGAAAACUUGUAGCUAUUGCGGUUAUUGAUGAUAAAAAUGCUUCUUCAGAUCAUGCAAGAUUGAAGUCUAUUGUUCAAGAUGUGGCUAAAAAUUACAGGGAACAGUUUCAUAGAAACUUCCAGUUUGGCUAUAUGGAUGGAAAUGAAUACAUUAAUAGUUUACUAAUGGAUGAUUUGAUAAUCCCCACUAUUGUUGUCCUGAAUACAUCUAAUCAACAAUAUUUCCUACCUCAUAAACCAAUAGAGAGCAUUGAAGAUCUGGUCCAGUUCAUUAAUAAUAUUUUGGAAGGCAUAGCCGAAGCAUAUGGUGGAGAUGGAAUUCUUCAACGAAUCAAGAGAAUAAUUUAUGAUGCCAAGUCUACAGUGGGAUCUGUUUUCAAGAGUUCGCCACUUCUUGGUUGCUUUCUCUUUGGUCUACCACUGGGUGUCAUCAGCAUCAUGUGUUACGGGAUUUGCACUGCUGACUCGGGAGGAUCAGAUGAAGCUGAGACAUCUAAGAAGGAAUCCACAAGCAGGGAGCUAACUGAUGAAGGCACUGAAGAGGAAGCAGAGGAGGAAAGCAGUGAAAGUCCUGUAGAAUUUCCAGAGAGAGAGCAAGAACAGAAAACUAUAUUGGAAAAAAAGAGAGACUAAACUGUUAAUUUUUUUUUCUGUAGAAUUUCCAAAUAGAGACUUAUUUAUUGAAUUCAAUUAUACCUGUGAUCUUCAGAGAUAAGAACUUUUUCAUUCAUUUGUGUAAUGUGCAUGCAUUCAAGUUGCUUGACUGUGAAGAAGAAUGGGGUUGGAGUUGGGGUUUUGAGGUCUCUUAUUGUCUCUUCUACAUAAAAAGAAAAUUCAAGAGAGUUGGUGGGUUAUUUUAUAUAAUGAAUUCUGAGUUGAGUUUAAAAAACCCUCAUUUCUUUUUUUGGAUACUGAUAUGUACAUUUAAAAACAUUUUUUUUCCAUUAUGGCCAAAACCAACCUACCUACCUACCUACCUUCCUUCUCCCUGUGAUUAAACCUAUAAAUACAGAGCUGUAGAAAUCUUUUACGGGAAAUAUGCUUUGAGAUAUUACAUAUUUAGUGGCUAUACUUUCAAAACAGUAUUUUUUAUUUUUUAAAGAAAUAAUUUAGAAUUUCUCUUUAGACAAUGGGAUAGCUAAAGAGAAGUAUUACAAAUUCCCUGGCUUUAAAAAAAACAUAAUUAGUAAAUAUAGAAAUAGCAUUUAUUUGCUUUCGGUUUGAUCUGCGUCCAGUUCAUUACUUUUAUAUUAUAUUGGUCCAAUGUGUUGCAUUAAAGGUGUUAAAUCUUUUUCCUUCACAGGAAAUUUCCCUAUAUUUUAACCAUAUGACAGUCUCAGGAUUUUGUUUGUUAAUUGCUGCACUAGCAUAAUAGUUUGGUGAAUGUGGCUUCUGCAUAGUUAAUUGCACUUUUUAAAAACUUUAAACAUUUAAGCUAUUUAAUAAAGCCUUUGCUACAUCUUUGGUUUCUGCAGCUGAAAAGAAAUCUUAAUAUUUUAUUGACUUACUUACAUUGAAAAUUCACUUGAUAUCUUUAUAUGGCCCACAUUUCUUUUAAAAAGAAUACUUUUUGCCAUAUGUUUAAUUAUAUAUAUCAUCCCUCGUACUGUCCCAUGAUAUAAAUAGGGUCCAUGUCUCUAAGGUUGAGAUCCCAAAGGAUAAGCCAUAGGGUUAUAUUCAGAAUCUUGAAACCAUGGUGAUUGCCAUAGCAAUCAAGCUUAUGCUGCUGAUUUUUAAGACUAUGGCUAUAUAACAUUCAGUUUAACGACUGAAAAUAAAAAUUGUAACCUUAUGUCUCAUAGUGACUUGGCUUUAAUCAGCACAGCUUCUUAUAUACCUUGCCAAAUAAAUAUUAAGUAUAAUGUUUUUUUAAAAAAAUAAGACAUUUGGGCUAAGGAAUCUUUUGCUUCCUACUUCAAUUAAUUCCAUUCUCUAUAACAAAUUAUCAUAACUCUAAAUUCAAAGUUGUCAAGCCUAAUUCUAUUAAUUGGAAGGAAAUUAUACAAUUUUUAUUGCAGUUGUUUUGAAAAAUAAUACACACUUUUUACAAGAAGAACCCCUUUCCUUGAUAAAAAUUAAUAUUGGUCUUUAAAAACACUUUAUAUUUCUUGUGUUUUCAUACCAAGUACUUUUACUAGGAGUCACUAUCUUUCCAAAGAAUAAAUGGUUUUAUUCUAGAAAUAGCGAAUGGAAAUGUUUUAACUAUUACUGCUGGGUUAUAUAUAAAAUGGUUUAUUUUUAUUGAUGCUUAUUGAAAAUCAACUAAUCUAUGAAUGUAGAAAUAUUUUAUAAAUAUUUUCUCCCUCAGGUGUUUCUGACAUCUGUUCAAAUCUAGCUUUGACCCCUGUAGCAGAGAUCACUUCUAGUUCAAUUUAGUUGCUCAAAAUUCCAAAGGAUAUUUUGUAGAUCUGCAUGUGAUGCCUAUUGCCCAGUGCAGUUUAAAGGGAAUUAUAGGUCUUUUUUGUUAGUACCAUUUCUGUGCCCAUUAGAUACUCUUAAUCAGCUGCUGAGUGUCUCAAACAAUAACAUUUAGACUAAGUAUAUUUUAUCAUUUUUCUUUUGAAUGACUAAACUUCCAGAUAUUUACUAAACUGAAUUAUAUUCCAAUUUCACUCCCAACGUUUUAAUGCUAUAGUUAGAAUGAAAAGCCUCUGGUAUAAAACAAAGUGAGUGAUCACAUGAAGUGCUUCACUCAGUAGCUAUUAUGAUUUGAAUCAGAAGUGGUCUAAUAACUUAAAUCCAAAAUAAACAUUAUCAAGUGUAAAUUGGUUGUGUGUGUUGGGGGGGAUUGUAUACUGUAUAAUAACAAAGGUUGGUACUACAUUUAUGUGUAUUUUGGCACUAAUUUUUCUAAUAAAGGAUAUAAGAUUCCUUUUGGAUCAGACUAAAGGGUCAUAUAAACAUCUAAUC